AUGUCGGCCUUGGCGGCUGGCGGCCCCGGGAGCAAUGGCAGCCGUUGUUCAAAUACCGUUUCCUGCGCCAGACCUGGGCGAGAGAGGCGGGAAGCUGGCACAAGUUGCUUCUCUCCGUCCCCGUUAGUCGCGAUUACAAGUGGAGAGGGCGGUCCGGGGGCGGAGCGCCGCUCCGCCCCCGGACCGCGGCGCCAACGCCCCAGCUCGCCCACAGGGGGCGCCCGGCGGCCUCAUCCUCCCUCCCUUCCCUCAGCGGCGGGGAUGGCGGCGGCAGCGGCGGAGGACGAGGCGGAGCUGAAUCUGCUGGAGUGCCGGGUGUGCUUCGAGCGGUACGGCCCCAGCGGGCAACGACGGCCGCGGAAUUUGCCCUGCGGGCACGUCCUCUGCCGGGGAUGCGUAGGGGCCCUGGGUGGCUCAGAGCGCCGGAGGUUGGAGUGUCCCUUCUGCCGGCGGGCCUGCGGCUCCGCUGAGACCAGCGACUGCCUGCCGCUGCUGCAGCUGCUGGAGGUCCUGGGCCCCGCCGGCGGUAGCGUCCCCUCGGCCUUAGGGAGAAGCGGCGGCGGCGGGGCGGCCGGGCCGGCCCCGACGGGUCUCGGGCUCCGGCUGUCCCUCGGGGGCUGGGGGUCGCUGGUCAACCCCACCGGGGUGGCGGCCUGCCGGAGGUCGGGGCGGCUGGCAGUGGCACAUGACGGCAAGAAGAAAAUUCACGUAUUUGGGCCGAGCGGAUCCUGCCUGCAGCGGUUUGGGGAGCGGGGGGACGCGGGCAACGAUAUCAAGUACCCGCUUGAUGUGACGGUCACGUCGGACGGGCACGUGGUGGUCACCGAUGGCGGGGACCGCUCCGUGAAGGCCUUUGAUUUUGAGGGAAGAGGGGUCCUGGCUGUCCGGGAAGGUUUCUGUUUGCCCUGGGGCUUGGAUGCCACCCCUGAGAGUGAAAUAAUUCUGACCGACUCGGAGGCAGGUGCUCUUUACCGCUUGACAGCCGACUUCAGGAAGGGGAAAUUAAAGAUGUGUCAGAUGAUCCGGUUUCAGCUCAUCAGCCCGAGAGGGGUUGCAGUCUCCCAGACCUCAGGUGCUAUUGUGGUGAUAGAGCACCUGAAAGCUCAAGGACUGGACAACAGCAGCACCCGAGUAAAGAUAUUCAGUGCAGAGAUGGAUCUCAUCGGCCAGAUGGAUAGCUUCGGUCUGAACCUCAUUUUCCCCUCCAAAAUAUAUACUACGGCUGUGGCCUUUGACAAAGAGGGUCGUGUUAUAGUAACGGAUAUUUGUAGCCAGGCCGUAAUAUGCUUAGGGAAACCUGAGGAGUUUCCCAUCUUUAACCCUCUAAUUAGCCACGGGCUAUCUUAUCCUGUAGGACUGACUUACACGGCAAACAAUUCUCUUGUCGUAUUAGACAGUGGUGAUCAUUCAAUAAAAAUAUAUAGCUCCACUUGAACGGUUUAGAUGCUUACUGCUAUAGGUUCAAGCUGCUUUUGGCCACAAAGCAAGCGAAGUUCUGGUGUUAGCAGGCAUGUAGGGAGGAGGCAUUUUCUGGGCUUUACUUUAAGUGAAAUUGCCCUCUCUGAGCAAUGUGCUGUGCUUCCUGCAAAACUUAGAUCGAAUCGCUUGUCUGUCUGCGGGAGAAGACCUGGCUGUUGUAGGCCAUAGUCAACAGUGAAUUAACCAAAUAAUUUGGUGGUUUAAAACUAUUCCAUGCUUUGACAACCAGACAUUUUUGCUACUUUUUGAUGAGUAAUGACAACAACAUUUGGAAUGGAGUCAUCAAAGACCAGUACCUGGGAGAGAAAGUGAUGCAUCGUUUGUUUACAUUUCCUAGCACCUAGUUUUCAUUAUUCUUCCUUAAGCAUAGCUACACUCAUGGAAGUGACAGAGUGGUUUCUGUUUCCAGGAUUUCUGCAUGAGAAAGGAGACUGGCUUGAUGAAAUGAUAGGAGAAAUGGAAGCUUCAGUUCAGAUCCAGCUAAGAUCAUUACGAUGGAGGAGCAACCACUGAUUACCUCCUCUACUGCCUGGCCACACAGAAAGUGCCUUUGGUAGGACCAGCAAUACGCCUUGGCUAUUCUGCAGUAGGAGGUGUAUGGCCCUGGGCAGGAGCCCUCUUGAGGAGUCAGGAAGGAAAGUUACUCAGAGAAGCAGACCCCUGGAUUAUAUAUUCCUCUCAAGGUGCCAAGGAAACUUCUGUCUGUGAGGGAUAUAAAAACCAAUGAGAUAAGACUCCCUUUGGGGAACUGCUGUGUUUCAAAAUGCAUGCAGUACCAUCAGUGCUGUAUUUGUACAUAAUUAAUAGUUUAUCGCAAUAGCACUUGUGGGACCUGGACCCUUCCUCUGAGCCAUGGGCUGUGAGCUUUAAUCUGCUCAAACAUUCGUGUGCACCAGAGCUUGUUUUUGCUACUGAGCUCACGGAUAGGCAAAUUUCCUACUGCCUACUGCCACGUAGGCAACUUUCCAGCAGCUGAAAUGCUGAUUUUUAAGUAUUUGACUCAUGCUGUUUCAAAAUCCACAAAAGCUCGCACUGUUGCCCAUUCUGCUCGUAUCUCCUUUGGUAUAUGACUAGAAAUCACCUGAUGUUUGGGUUUGUAAGCAAAAUAAACUUUGUGCCUUCGUUCUGUUUGCUGUA